AACGAAGAAAAGUGGAAAAAAACAACGAAUCAUUGUGGAAUUUCAAGAAAUCAGGAGGAAUCGUAAAAUCAUGUGGAGAUAAAUAAUGAUAAUGUGAUAAACGUGUCUGAAGAGUAAACGUUCUGACUAGGCUGAGAGACCUUGACAGGUGUGAAAAAUGAAAACAGAACUUCACAGCGAACCAUAAUGGUAUUUGCAUUACCAUCACUGAAUGAAAAAUAGAAUAUACGUUGACAUUAACUCGCGUGGAAAAGAACACAAUAAUUAGUGCAGAAUAAGAAUAAGAGAAACAAAGGAGAAACGACAUACGAAAGAGAAUGAAAGGGAUAAUGAUGGACUUGCGGGAAAGAUAGAUAAAGAGUGGAAAUAUUCUUGCUUGAUUUUCAUGUAAGCGAAAGUGUAGAAAAAAAUAAAUAGACAAGAAGUGUAAUAAGAAAGCAAUAAGAAACUGUAAAAUAAAUAAAAUAGACAAGAAUAAAGGUAAAUUCGCUAACAAUUGGAAACGAAAAAAAAAUAACGAUAUAACUAGGAAAAUAGUAAAAACAAAAAAUUAAAAAAAGCAAGGAAGUGAAAAUAAGUGGUGUUCCUCCAACUGGAAUUAGCCGAGGACACCUUAAGGUGACCCAAAAGUGACAUAAAGGAAAAGAGAGAGAGAGAGAGAGAGAGAGAGAGAGAGAGAGAAGAAGAGGAGAGAGAGAGAGAGUCUCUCUUCCACCACCAAUUCAUCUGGAGCCCAUGGCAUCGAAGAAAGGAUCCUUGUGAGAAGAUCCACGCUCGCACCCACACGACAUCAUGAUGAACCCGGUACCGGUAGUGGGGGGUUAGGACGCCGCCCACGCCCUCGCUCACUCUCCCCCCCCCUCAACCCCACCCCCACACCAACGACCCGCCCACCCCCUCGGAGGGCUUCCCAAGAAGAUGCGACCGAAGGCCUGGUCCAAACUAGUGCUGGUGUUUCUACUGGCACUCUUGGUCACGGCUACGAACGCGAAGGCUCCGGUGAUUACAGUCGAGGAGGAGUUCCCAUUCCCAAGGGCCUUUGGAGGAGGAGGAGGAGAAGGAGCCAGGGACAAGAGGAGGGCCUUCCCGGGACCCCACUUCCACCCGACGUCCCCUACGAACGUCACUGCUCAGUUGGGAGCAAACGCCUUCCUCCCCUGCAGGAUCAAGAACCUUGGGAAUAAGUCUGUCUCGUGGAUAAGGAACCGAGACUCUCACAUCCUGACGGUGGACAGGUACACCUUCAUCGCCGACGAGAGGUUCAACGCCUGGUACGAUGCCUCCACGCAGACCUGGACCCUCCAGGUGAGGUUCGUGCAACUCAGGGACGCUGGCAAGUACGAGUGUCAGGUGUCUACAGAGCCCAAGAUGAGUCACUUCGUGCAGCUUUCCGUCAUAACCCCACAGGUUUCGAUCGCGGGGGAGUCAGACGUCUAUGUGAACAGCGGUUCAACUGUCACCAUUAAGUGUGUCAUCACAGAUGCUCUGGAGGAGCCAAACUACAUCUUCUGGUACCACGACGAGAGACGCGUCAUCAGCGGAAACACGGGACGUCUACUAACAGUGAGCCGUGUUCACCCAGACACCUCCAUAGGAUCCUUAACAAUUCCUAUGGUAUCCUUAAAGGACUCUGGCAACUAUACCUGCGCCCCAGCAUCCUUGAACCCAGCAUCCGUCAUGCUUCAUGUUCUGAUCGGCGAGCACCCAGCAGCGAUGCAGCGAGGGACCAACACGGCGCCCCCAGCCACAGUGCCGAAUAAUUCGACAGAUACGUGUAAGGCCUCCUCAGCGAGUGUCAUAUCCGCCUGUGUCUUGUUGCUUCGCUUGACCAGUUGGUUCAAGGGAAUGUCCACGUGACCCUUCGUGACCCGAGAGUGAGUGACAAUGGUAUCUUCCUAAAACCGCCCGCUUGGCUGUCUUUUACAUUUAGUGGGAAUACAAACUUUGUCUGGAAAGGGGGAAUAGGGGCCGUUGUUGUUAACUGGUUUUGUAGGAAAACAAUUCUUGGUAAAUGUAAAAUGGAGUUUUUUUUGUGGUAUUUGUGACAAAAUCGCUGAAAAAAGGGUAAAUGCCUUUUUUUGUGCUGCUGGUGAAAAAAAAAAAAACUCUGAAAAAAGGGAGAUAUGGAUUUGUGUUGCUUUUUUGUUUAAAAAAAACCUGUUUGAAAAGGGAAAAUAAACAUUAGUAAGUGUUACUGGAAAAAAAAAAAAACUCAGAAAAAACGUUAAAUAGGAGAUUUUUGUAGUAUUGUGGAAAAACCUUGCCUGAAAAGGUGAUAAAAGAAGUAUUGUUUGGUGGAAUUGGCAAAAUAAAAAAAAGAAACUCUUGAAAAAGGGUAAAAUGAGUUUUUGUGGUAUUGGCAAAAAAUCCUUGUCUGAGAAAGGGGAAAUGAGAGUUUUUAUAGAGAUAAUGGUGAAAAAAAAAAACUCUAAAAAUGUUAUGGGUGAAAAAACUUCUGGAAAUGGGGAAACUACAGCUAUAGUGUCAAUGUACAAAACAUAAAAUAGAAAA